UCUCCACAAUUGUUGAGCCUCAUCGAGGAGGGCACAACGUCCAGAGGGAUCAUUGGGGGAGUUCCCAAGUGCAACGAAAAACCCUAAUCGAAUCAUCAGGAAAACAGAGCCAAACAGCGAUCAAAGCAAAUGCAUGAACCAGAGGUCGUCGAUGGCGAAGCGGAGGAUCAGACUGCGGAUAAUUUCUACGAUACCGAUGAAACCAAGCUAACCCAACCGGAUACCAAAAUUAAAAGACUUGAAAGUCAAAAGCUGGACUUGAGCAACGAGAACAAUGAUUUGAAGGAGCGGAUCAUGAAAGUGACCAUGGAAUUCGAUCGAUUACGAAACAAGGAAGCAGAGAUGAAGCUAGAAAUGGAUCGGUGGGACGAAGAUAAGAGGAUUCUGGAAUCAGUCACCGCGAGAUCGGCUAUUCUUGAAACCGAGGUCGCCAAGCUUCAACAUGAUCUGAUAACUUCGAUGAGUGAAGUCAAAGAAGCGAACAAGGAGUUGAUUCAGUUAAAGGGGGAAUUGGAAGAGAAAAGGUUGUUGAUCAAGAGAUUGGACAGGGAAAUCACCGAAUUGAAAAAGAUAAAGUUGAAGGGGGGCAGAGGGAGAGGGAGCUAGAGAGGAAAUUGGGGAUUUCAGAAGUAAGGGAAACGGAGGAGUGGAGCAAGAGAGUUAGGACCGAAGAGGAAAUCAGGGACAAGGUAGAUGGAUUGAAAGGUAAAGUCAUGGAGCUCGAAGCAGAGUUGGCGAGAACGAGGGUUGAACUCGAGACAACUAGGAAAGGA